UAGCAAAACUGUAACUUUUUUUUCCCGCGACAUCUUGCAGUUGUGAUUUGACCAGUGAAACAGGAGGGGGAAAGAAAAACACUGAACUGUUACAGGAUGUGGUUUUUUUUUACAGAACACGCAGCAAUGAAGAUUAAGAUUUUUGAUGCAUGACGUUUUCAACAGCAAAAGGAAGUCAACGGACAAAUUUAGACCCCAAAAUCUCAAUUGUAAAAUUCGUGUAAGAAUCAGACCAGUUUCGCGUAUGGUUCAAUUUCCCCAUGUACUUAUUGGAGCAGCUUGAUGUGCUUUGUUGCACUCAGCAUUUUGAGUGAGUUCUUGCUCGUAACGCUGAUCCAAGUUUCCUCCGAGGAUCUAUGACUUCCUUUCCUGAGAUGAGUGUACCUUUAAUUGUGGCCGUAUUUUGAUUGCUUAUAAUUCUUGAAAGGGGACUGCUGAUUUCUUUGAAACAACUUUUUGGCAGAUUUUCUCAGGAAGAAACAGGAAGCUCGGGAUUUUAUAUUUCAAUCAAGCCACUCCCUACUUUUCUAAACUCUAGUGGAUCAAGCCCAACCAUUCCUCAUAAGAAUACCCACCCAUUCCAGGUGCUAGUAUGCAUCUGCCAAAAUGGGUUGCGGCCUACCAAAGCUGGAGAAGCCUGAUGAAAACAGCCCAGGCAAAAUCUAUUCAACUCUCAAACGACCACAAGUGGAGACUAAAGUGGGAAAAGCCUAUCAGUAUAAGGUCCUGGACUUCACCACAGCUGAGACUGAGAUAACAGAGUCAGCUGCAGUCAAGCUUUCUUCCUUACAUCAUCUUCCUGCUCAGCUACAUGAAUUUUAUCAGAAGGGCUUUGUACUUGCUGGUAUUCACCCCUUCAUACACUGCAUUGAUGUGCGGAAGGGCACACCAGAAGAGAUGAUGUUCAGGGCCAUUUUGAUCAAACCAGCAGCGAGCUCUGAAGAGAUUGAUACCAAGACUGAGCCAUGCAGCCUUGAAGUAGAAUUGAGUUUGCUGUCCAAUCAACUUCUUAAAUCAAAAGGGCUAACAGAUAUUCUUCAAAAAGUACAAGAGGGAUCGAGAAAAGGUUUACGGUUUGUUGGACUUGUGCAACACCAAAACCCUCCUGCUGAUCCAGCAGAAAAUCAUGAAGGAAACUUAGCCGUUAAUAGUCCUUUAUGUCAAAACAACUCAAAGAAAGGAGGAAAGAAUGCUUGUCAAAACACACCAAACAAUACCACUCGAGAGAAACUCGCACAAAGUCAGGAAACAGAAGCUACAGAGGGGAAGACGAAACAAAAUAUAAAUCAAGGGGACACAUUUCAGGAUGAAGGACAAAGUGCUCCAGAUCAAGCAAAAAGUGAUGAACAAAUCAAUGGGCAAGCCAUGGCAGAAUUAACGAGUCAGGAAUGUCAAAAUGGUGCUGGCCAAAUAAAAAACAAGAACACAGCUGAUUGUGAGUCAGAAAGCAAAGUUGCUGAUAAACCAGAAGCUCCAUUGCAAGCAGAAACGUUUGACAGUAACAUGGCAGAAGGUGAGAGUGAGACUGGACAGGAGCAGUCUCCCAUAGCAACCAACAAGUGCAAUGAGGUAAAGCACAGAACAGAAAACUAUGAAGCAACUGAAGCAACGAUUGUGUCCGAAGAAACUGACACCAAACAGCAAGAACACCGGCGAUUGGCAAAGCCUGAGGAGACUGAAAGGAAGAAUGAUGUGGAAAAUGAAGUGUUCCUCCUUUUCAAUAAACAACAAGAAAACCAGAAAUCGUAUAAGUAUUACACAGUCACAAUUCCACUGAAGAUCUGUAAGAAGGGACAGGAUAUUAACAGUAUAGAAGCAAAUUGGCUAGAGCAUAUGACCCAACACUUCACAAAGGGAGCCUUGUUGGUGGAUGCUUUGAUUUGUCUGGGAACAUCGACCGAUUCUCUACCAAAAUCAGUGGAUGGACUCUUUAUAUUUGAAGGAGUUUCUGAGGACAAGUGUGAAAGCUAUGAUGCAAUUGUUGUCGAGCAGUGGACAGUGAUUAAUGGAGUUGAGGUGAAAACAGAUUAUGUUCCUUUGCUGAAUUCUCUAGCUGCAUAUGGCUGGCAGUUAACCUGUGUGCUUCCUACUCCUAUAAUGAAAAGAGACAGUGAAGGGGAUCUUGCUACAAAACAGAUUGUUUUCCUCCAGAGACCCUCACUACCCCACAAAGAAAAGAAAAAGGAAUCAAAGAAAAAAUCAAUACAAGAUGACAAAUCAAGCAAGCAAGAAAAAAAUUGCCUGAAAGAUAAAAAUGUCAAAGUUACUGUACAAGUAAAGAACUCUACAGGAGGUUCUAAUGAAAAUGAAAAACAAGAACAAAGUGUUGCAAAGAAUGGUGACAAAGAAAGUGCUGAAAAUGGAAAAUCCUUAAAAACAGACGGGAACGAAAAGGAAUGUACCCCUGAAGCCAAAGCAGUCCGAGAGUCUGCUUGUGUGACAAAUACUGAAAGUGAGAAAUGUAUAGCAAUGGGUGACGAUAUUGGUAUAUCAGAAAAUAUAGUCAAGGAGGCCAGUGACAACAAUAAUAUUGUUGAUAAGAAAGAUGAACAGGAAGCAUGUGAGGAUAAAUGUCAAGAUGGUAAAAUUAAUGCAAGUGAGGGAGAGGCCAACAAAGCAAAAAUAAUUGCUCAAGUUAACUGUGAAUGUGUUGACACCAGUCAGCAGGUUAGCAACAUGCCAGCUUCUGAGAUGGCAACCAAGACCCCAGAGGAAACAGGUAUCUCCAACACAGAAAUAACUAAGAAGGUCACUGAGGAACAUGAGGACAACACUCCGGUACAAGUUGAUGAUGGUACAGUCACUGAAUAAAGCAAAAUUCAAGUUUGAUAAAUCUAGACAAAAGUCAAAAGGAAAUGGUUCUGUGUUUUUCCCUAUGGAGUAUUCUUGCUAGCCAGAUCUUAAUAUACUUUUUAAUGUCAAUAUUGUGCCACACAUCGUGCAUGAUGUCUCUCGCUCUCUCUCUCUCUGUCAGACAUUUACAUUUUGUAAUUGAAGCAAAAGAUAUUGUAAGCUGACAUGUUGCUUUUUUUAGUGAUUCUGCAAAUCAUGGGCAUGACUUACUAAAAUUACUAAUAUGUUGAAAUGUGCUGGAGAUAAAAUACCUUUUGUGUUGUUUCAAGUGAGGUAGUAACCUUGGCGGAGUUAAUGCAAUAUCAAAUACAUUUUUAUACAAAAAUAAAUUACUUUUGUUUAAUUUUUUUUUACAAGAUAUUGAAUUCCACUGUCAUUUCAUGUUGUUCUUCUAAAUAAAGAAUUUUCUUCGAUAGGAAUGUAAUUUCAAUGUUUGUAUUUCAGGAUGAAUAUAGUUUCAGUCUGUGCUGAGUUAAAUAAACCAGCGUUAGGAUCGGAGAAGAUGCUGUAAAACCUCAGAACGCUCUGCUGGACUGUCAUCAGGGCCCCUUAGCAGCAGUGGUAUUUGGGUAUUGUGGUCACCUCAAACUCUUUAUUACUGAAUAGAUUGGUGCUCUCACUGGCUAGCCUCACAAUGGAAGACAAACCUCAAUAGCAAAGUACUGAUAAUCUAUGCUGCCUGUGAAAUUUUUAUUUUAUUCAUUCACAUGAUGUGGGCAUCACUGGCCAG